CGCAACGCAUACGAAAAGCUCACCGAACUGCUGUUUGCCAUUUGUGCCAUCAUAUUCCUAUAUUUAGCAUAUAGAUAUGUUUUCUUUCGACCUGAUGGCUUUCCUCCGGGUCAGUCUUAAAGGACAUCAAACAUUUGGAUUUGGCAUUAAGUAUAAAGGAUUUGUGUUUCCGCAGGUCCGCCACGCAUCCCGAUCUUUGGCAGCUAUCUCUUCCUAAUGCUAAUCAAUUUCAAAUAUCUGCAUAAGGCCGCCCUGACCUUUAGCAAAUGGUACAAGUCAGAUAUUAUCGGUUUGUAUGUGGGCAAAUUUCCUGUUGCCGUUGUCCAUAGCGGUGAGGGUGUUCGCGAAGUCUUGACUAAUCAAGCAUUCGAUGGGCGUCCAGCUUUGUUUGUGGCCGCCAUGCGUGAUCCCUGCUACGAGGUUAGAGGCAUUUUCUUUCAGGAGGGUUUACUUUGGAAGGAACAACGUCGUUUCAUUCUUCGCUAUUUGCGCGAUUUUGGUUUUGGACGUCGUUUCAAUGAACUGGAGCUGGUGAUCAAGGAACAAAUAACGGAUAUGUUGGAUCUCAUACGGAAUGGUCCUCGUUAUGAACACGAGCAUCAAUUGGUAAAGCCAGGAGGCUAUCGUGUCCAGUUGCCGCUGCUAUUCAAUCCAUUCUCAGCGAAUAGUGUCUUUCAUAUUAUGUACAAUGAACGUCUGCCGCGUUCUGAUAUGGCAAAACUGGUUCGCCUCAUCCAAUUGGGCAUGCAAUUCCAGCGUAAUGGUGAUGAUUAUGGUCGACUAUUGAGCAUUGUACCCUGGAUACGCUAUAUUUGGCCCGAAUCGAGUGGCUUCAGGAAGUUAAAUGAGGCAAAUAAGUUUAUCUACAAAUAUUUUGAGGAAUUUAUUGAUCAUCAUAUCGAUACGUAUGACGAGUCAUGUGAACGUAACUUUCUGGAUCUCUAUAUAACAGAAAUGAAGAAAUGUUCAUGCAAUGGAUUCAAUCGAGAGCAAUUUAUAAUGGGUCUCAUUGACUUUUCAUUUCCGGCCUUUACGGCUGUGGGUGUACAACUUUCAUUUUUAGUGCAAUACUUAAUGCUAUAUCCCGAAGUAAUGAAGCGCAUGCAGGAAGAAGUUGAUGAAGUUGUCGGAUGCGGACGCUUACCCACACUCGAGGAUCGCAAAAAUAUGCCUUAUACAGAGGCUACCAUACGUGAGGGCUUGCGCAUCGAGACACUAGUUCCUUCUGAUGUGCCCCACAAGGCACUUGUGGACACCGAACUGAUGGGUCAUCGCAUUCCCAAGGAUACAAUUGUUAUUCCAAGUCUAUAUGCUUACCAUACGGAUUCUCGAAUUUGGUCUGAUCCCCAAGAAUUUCGUCCUGAACGUUUUCUCGAUGAGCAGGGAAAACUCUGUCUCAAGCUUGAUGUAUCAUUUCCAUUUGGGGCCGGCAAGCGUCUCUGUGCGGGUGAAACCUUUGCCCGAAAUAUGCUUUUCCUGAUGACUGCAGCCAUGUGCCAACACUUUAACUUUACUCUGGCUCCUGGCGAUCAGUUACCGGAUCUAUCAAAGAAUCUUAAUGGUUUAAUUAUCACACCUCCUGAUUUUUGGGUUCAGCUUGAAGAGCGUCAGCAUUGAGGAUUGGCUGAAUAAUGAUAAAUGUAUAUUAAUCCAUAUGAAUUCUCUCAACAUACUCAACAUCUUUGCAAUUUAGUAAUUUUAUAGUAUAUAAAGGCAUUUUUGAUGAUUAGAAAGUAAGUUUUGCUGUUAUCAUCAUUAUUAUACAUAUUGUAUAUGCUUU